AUGCAGGACGUCGAGCGCGUCGCCGAUCACGCCCUCUUCGGCAAGUAUGAGCUCGGCCGGCUCCUCGGCUGCGGCGCCUUCGCCAAGGUCUACCACGCCCGCAACAUCGCCACCGGCCAGAGCGUCGCCGUCAAGGUCAUCAACAAGAAGAAGAUCACCACCCCCUCCAUGAUGAACAACAUCAAGCGCGAGAUUUCCAUCAUGCGCCGCCUCGGCCACCCGCACAUCGUCCGCCUCCACGAGGUCCUCGCCACCAGGACCAAGAUCUACUUCGUCAUGGAGUUCGUCAAGGGCGGCGAGCUCUUCGCCAAGAUCUCCAAGGGCCGGUUCAGCGAGGACCUGGCGAGGAAGUACUUCCGCCAGCUGAUCUCCGCCGUCGGGUACUGCCACUCCCGUGGCGUGUUCCACCGCGAUCUGAAGCCGGAGAAUCUCCUCCUCGACGAGAGCGGCAACUUGAAGGUCUCCGAUUUCGGCCUCAGCGCCGUCGCGAACCAGAUCCGCGCCGACGGGAUGCUGCACACGCUCUGCGGCACCCCUGCCUACGUGGCGCCGGAGAUCCUCGGGAAGAAAGGGUACGACGGAGCGAAGGUCGACGUGUGGUCGUGCGGCGUGAUCCUUUUCGUCCUGACGGCAGGGUAUUUACCCUUCAGCGAUCCGAAUCUGAUGGGAAUGUACAAGAAGAUUUACAAAGGCGAGUACCGCUGCCCCAAAUGGAUGUCCGCAGAUCUGAAACGGUUUCUGUCGCGGCUCCUCGACACGAAUCCCGCCGCGAGGAUCACCGUCGACGAGAUCCUCACAGAUCCGUGGUUCACCAAGGGCCACAAGAAGCCGAUCAGGUUCCACGACGAGGAAUUCACGACCGCCGACAAGUUCAAUUCCGAUUACAAGGAGAGCGCGUCGGAGGCCAGCACCAGCACCAGCAGUAGCUUGAACGCGUUCGAUCUGAUCUCGUUCUCAUCCGGCUUGAACCUGACCGGCCUGUUCGACAACACCUACAAUUCGAUGGAGGACGGCGACCGAUUCGUGACCGCGGAGUCCCCGGAGAGGUUGUUGGAGAAGGUUCUGGAAUUCGCCCGGUCGGAGCGGCUGAGACUGAAGAGUAAGAAGCUGUACGGGGUGGAGCUGGAAGGGCGCAACGGUGGUGUGAAAUUCGAGGUCGAAAUCUACCGUUUGACCGACGAAUUGUCUGUCGUGGAGGGGAGGAGAGUAGCCGGCGACGCCGGGAGCUACAAGGAGACGUGGCUCAACAAGUUGAAGCCGGAUCUCCUCGGUUCCUCUCCGGCGCCAACUGCUGGAGAUCAAAAUCCCGUCGCAGCUGGCAACUGA